CACAGAUGGUGGGCUAUCCACAAUUCUCAUUCCCUCUUUUUGUUCGUCAAUCUUUCGUACACCCCUUGGCUAGCUGCCGACUUUUUUUCUUGAGGGCGACUGCUUUUUGACUGAGUAUUUGUUGUUGGCAUUGGUUUCUACGGUCGCUACGCCGCAGAAUAUGUGGGCUGAGCAGCGGACUUUACACGCCCAGGACGCAUUGAAUCCACUCGAAAAUUUUCCAGAAUAAGAGGAGCUAAAAGCAGAGAAAUACUGCGCUCUACACAAGCAAUGGUUAACCUUACAACGACCACACCAACGCGGAAAGGUCUUCGCAUCAUACUCCGGAAAUGGAGAGAGAGACUCAAGAAGGAGAAGAAAUCCGGGACACAGGGACAGGCACAGGCACAGGCACAGGCACAGGCAAUCGUUCACGUACCACAAACCUCAGGCGCACCACCACCGCCUCCAGCACUUUUCCCAGCAACAACAACAACAACGAUAAUCUCUACAGCGCCAGAUAGUAAAUCGCCAGCAGCAUCACGCACAACACUCAGAAAACCAACAAACCCUCGUCGGAACACCGCACCAGCGGACUUCUUUUCAGCAUUCUCUCGUACAGUGUCCCCAACCAAUGUGACAUCUAAAUCCCGCUUCCGCACUUCUAUCUCGAAACGCCUCUCCAUCCAACCAUUCUCCUCAUCCCCAACAAACGUUCCAUCCACAGGCGCUCCGCUAAGCCCCACACCCUCUGCACCCUUACCACACGAACACCCCAACAAUCGCAAUACCUUCCAGUUCACGACUGCAGCGGAAAUAGCUGCGCAGGCGCAGCACGAUGCAGAGAAGUUGGUAGAAGCAGUGGAGGUGAUAAGAAGGGAUAAGCCGAAGGAUUGGAUGGAUCCGGGAUGGAGAGAAAAAGAAGCCAAGUUAAAGGCAGAGGAGGAAGAGCUUAUGAGAGCUGGUGGUUUGAAUUUGGGGAGAGAUGGGCUAGAGAGUGGGCCAUUGAAGAGGUGGGAGUGGGGUCGGUAAUAGGGAUAAGGAUGAGGAAUGGAAAAGGGAGGAGAAAUUUGGAGUUGAAGUGUGGUAUCGCACACCGCGAAACAAAAUUAUGGGGAAUUUGAUCUAUCAACCUGCUUGGUAAAAUUUGGGAAGGGCCUAAGAAGAUACUGAUUUCUGUUGCGAAUCGGAUCAUGCUUAUUCUGUUGGAAGCCGCAACCUGCAGUACUCCCCUCGUCGUCCGUGGCGCCUGGUAUAUAAAUACAUUCAGA